AGGUAACGUAACCCUGAAACGAAUGCGAUAGAAGCGUCCUCGAAUCUGAAUCAGAAACGGUGUAUGGAAUAACUUGACUUUAAUCCAAGAACAUAUCAAAAGAUACAUUGAAGAUACACAAGGGAUUAUACAACGAAACUCAUCAUUGAGGCAUAUUUAUUUAAGGACAAUUCUUAUAAAUAAACGUUGAGUAACAUUGAUCUUUGAGUCCUAAAACUAUGAGUAAUGUGAGAGCAUCGAAAUCUGGUUUGAGUAGGGACACGCAUAAAAAGAUCCAGUCCAAAUAUGACAAAGUAUUGGCCCUAGAAUGUCUAGAAUGGUUGCGUGAAACAGCAAACGAAAGUUUGGAAGAUGGCGACUACGAACUUGAGUUCGACACAGAUGGAUCCCCGGGAGAACUGUACAAUAUUUUAAGAGAUGGUUGUGUCCUUGCAAGGGUGAUUAAUUCACUUAUGCCGUGUACUAUACCACACAAAAAGUAUGCUAUUCCGUCCAAGCUUGCCUUCAAACACAUGGAGUUAAUAGAACUGUUCAUCAUUGGUUGCAAAGAGUUCGGAGUAUCAGACCAUGACGUGUUUCAGACGUGUGAUCUGUACGAACAACAAAAUCUACCACAAGUCCUGACGUGUAUACAAGCCCUAGGGAGGAAGGCGAGAUCAAAGGGAUUCUCGGGAAUCGGCCCUAAAGAAUCCGAUGAGAAUCGUCGCAUAUUCUCCGACGAACAGGUUAUACAAGGGAAACAGGUGAUAUCUCUACAAAUGGGCAGCAACAAAGGCGCGAGUCAGGCGGGAAUGACAUUCGGAAAACAGAGAAUGAUUUUGGAUUGAACAAAAAUCUUGUAAUGAAAUAAACCGAUUGUUUCAAAUAAACAUUUAAAACAAAAGUAACUGUGUCAGAUAAGAACAACAAAUGGGAGAGGAAAAAGAAGAUAGUUGUUGGAGGAAUAAUAUGUUACAAAUAAAUUAUUGCAUUAAAAUUAAUAUUGCAUGUUUCAAAUUGUUUGAGAUAAAUGACACUCAAUAGCAGCAAGCCGUAGACGUAAUAGUAGGUACUAUACUGUAGUUGCUAUAUUCCACCAAGCAACGAUAAGCAUGAUAUAGAAUUAAACAUAGAAUAGUUGACAUGCAGUAGUGACAUCUACUUUUUGGUUGAUUAUAAUUUUGUUUAAAUUGACAAGUGUUUUGGCAAAAAAUAAGAAUCGUAUAUAGAAAGGAGCUCUUUUGUGCAAACGAUUCAAGGAA